UUUUCAUCUGAUAAUCAAUAUGUUGAAAAUUAUCCAGUAGGUCAUAGCAUGGUAGAUCAAUCUGUAUCUCAUCUAAUGAUAAUACGUUAGCAUCUAGAAGUCAUAAAAAGUCUAUUCACUUAUGGGAUGUUAAAACAGGAUAAUUAAAAGUCAAACUAAAUUAUAAUAUUCCAGUCUACUCUGUACGCUUCUUUGCCAAUGGUAAUACUUUAGCAUUUGUUAGUGAGGGCUAACACUUUUUGGUUAUUGGAUGUAAAAAAAGUGAAAUUGAAACAACUCAUUAUGUUUCUCUCCUGAU